CGGACACUAACGUAUAUCUAAGUUAUCUCUACACUAAAUCAUUUUACUUCGUUUCUACAAAUUAUCGUGUACACUAACUUUACAUUAUUUCGAGCUGUGAUCAACCCAUGAGUAUACUGUAUGUCCGGAUCACCGACUCGGGGAUUUUGAAGCAAACAAGAUGUCUACAUACUCACUGUUGGGUCUCCUAUUGUUUUACCUGGUAGGGAUCGACAAACUGGCAGCAAUUUCAAGACAAUCCGAAAUUAAACUCGAGAACAAUGGUUAUAGCGACAUUCUACUAGCCUUCGAUGAAACCAUUCCACACAGCCAGGUGUUUAUCAACAAAACCAUGGACUAUUUUACUAGGGCAUCGAAGGUACUUUACAUCGCCACCCGCCAGAGGGCGUACUUUAAGGACAUAAGGAUCCUGGUCCCGCACACAUGGCCAGACGACCCCAGCUAUCAAAGCGCCAGUGCAGACCAGACCGUGUACAAAUCUGACGUCAUCAUAACCAGCUCCAGCGUAAAGAAGCGGAGCAUCCCACAGACCCGGACGUAUGGCGGAUGCGGAAGUCAAGGAAUACAUAUUCAGUUUACUACCGACUUCCUGUUUAAGGAAAGGUACCCGCCAUACUAUUCGCGUUCAGACAAGUUCAUUGUGCACCAGUGGGCGACGUUCCGGUGGGGCGUGUUCCAGGAGUAUCCUAGUGCCGGGGAGCGAACAUUCUACUUCUCAACAGCCUUUGCAAAAGUCGACGCCGUCAAGUGCAGCUUCCUCCUGAAGGGACGUGUGUAUGCUAGAGACGAUCAACAUAACUUAGUGGCGUGUCAGACGGACCCCAGUACUGGACUAUACACAGAGUCCUGUCAGUACUAUGCGUACCCGCGUUAUCCGUCCGGUGUCCAGACGCACGUGUCUCUGAUGGACCACCAGUACAUUCAGGAGAUCACUGGUUUCUGUGACGACGACGCCGAUUACGCAACUAAACACAACGCUGAACCUCUUAAUCGUCAAAACCGGCUCUGCAGUCAUCGCAGCACAUGGGACGUCAUAUCGAACUCGCCGGACUUCGCAGGGGGUCGCAAUCCACCGACAAACUAUACUGACGCGGAGCUCGUACCAACAUUUACGUUUAUUAAGGCAGCCCGAAAACGGAGGUCCGUAAUACUGAUGGACACUGGUCAUAUUACACAGCAUGACGCCAGUCGCCUGAAACUGUCCCAAGCAGUAGCCCACUUCCUGGGGGCGAGUCAGGGCCAGAGGGACCACGAGAUUCUACUUUCCGGGGGUCUAGAGAACGCACUCCGCGCUAAACGACUGGCCAGGUCGGAACGAGAAACAGAAGACUCACCCAAGGUCAUUAGAGAUAUGGGAUACGGCUUGUCAAAUAUAGACCAUGACGGCGUAAAACAGCUUUUCUCUCCGGAAUCGACUCCUUCACAAAAACAGGUCAUCGUCUUCAGUACCAAUCAGACAAAUCAUCCUAAUACAGAGGCAUUCAAAUCAGCUGGCGUCACACUUCACUGGAUAUCGCUUCACCCACAUCCGGGAACUCACAAAGACGCAGGGACACCCGUGUAUUACAGUCACAGGUAUCCAGAGUCGAUGACGCACGUAGACGCUGUCUAUGACGUCAUCCAGAGGACACAAGGGACGGACGCCUACACAGUCAAGCUGUUUAGUGUGACCAAAAGCAUCCAGUUCGGACAGGAUUACAGAGACACAUUCUCUGUUGAUACCAGUCUCCAUGGUGAUCUCUCUCUUACUGUUACUUACACCGGAGAGCAGCCAUUUCUGGAAGUGACGUCACCGAGUAGCAAGCAUUACAACGAGGAUUCACCAGAAACAGAAAUCAACCCAGAGCUCAAAAUGAUGAAACUGAAAUUAAAAUAUGAUGAUGCCGAGGUAGGUAAAUGGGAGUUCCGAAUGAAAGGUAGGCACAGUACGUCGACCGUCUCUCUGGUAGUAUCAUCAAACUCUACAGCGAAAAACAGCGUACCAAUUAUCCUGAAGGCUCGGCUGUUUUUAAAUAAAGACCUGGUGCCACCUAAAAUGGCGGCAUAUGCUGACGUCACACAAGGACAACAUUCAGUCACGGGGUUACAGGUCAUCGCCACUGUUUUUCGACCAGGUGUUGAAGAUGGAGAACAUGCGAAACCAUACAAAAUGCUGUUAUUUGAUGAGGGAUCUGGCGCUGAUAUCAUAAAAGAUGACGGGAUAUACUCUCGCUAUUUCCCACACUUGACAGGACGUGGUGACUACCAGCUAACUGUGGACAUCAUAAACAGCCACGGAACCGUUGUUACUCACAGGACAGGCAGCGGGGACAAACCAGACAGAAACAAUACAUACAGUAUCAGCCGAUCAGCUCACGGCGGCUCCGUGUACCUCCCCACGGACCAAACAGGGGAUAAAGCGUGGCCCACGACACCUGCUACAUCCGGCGGAAAUGACGUAUACCCUCCAUCACGGAUAAUAGACCUGCAUGUUGUUCAGAAGUCAGACAUUAAUAUGACGGUGUCGUUGUCGUGGACGGCGCCUGGUGACGACUUAGACCACGGGACAGCCGCUAAGUAUGACAUUAAGUAUGAACAAAGUAGUUUGGAUCUUUUGAAGUUAAAGGCUGACUCGCAUAGCGUCCCGGAUUUCGCCAUUGUAACCGGAAGUACAACAAAACCGUUGCCGGCUGGCACCUCUGAAUAUUUGACCAUUAAUGUGACGGAUCUGUUUCUGAUCAAACAUGAAGGAUUUGCAUUUCUUAUUCGAGGUAUAGACGACUUUGGAAAUAAAGGCGAGUUCUCAAAUAUGGUAACUGUUGGAUUCAGUGUAAUACCUGAAACACUUAGAACUAGGCAUGACACCGGAAGUAACGUAGAUGUGGACAAUUCGGACUCUGUUGGGUACAUGGUGGACCCCAAGGUUGACGCUCCGCGGUCCAAGUCAGGGCUCAGGCCCCUUCUCUUCCUCAAUGUCAUACUUCUGGUCUGCUUCCUCCUCAUUGCUGCAAGUUUUGUGUCGAUUUAUUUCCGGAAUCGUUUUAGCCAACCGAAAGUUCUCAUAUACUAGGUCAUUUGGUUAUUAAAUACAAAAUACAAUGGCACAAGGAUGUCUGAUGAAUUAUGGAGUCUAACGAAAAUGAUCGAAGAAUGAUUAAAAAAAACCAACAACAACAAAACUACCAUGCAAGUUACAGUGAAAAUUGUCAAUAAUAAACAUUUACCAUAA